AUGAGUCAGGAAUGCUCGACCGGUACGAAGCCCUAUGCGGCCGGACGGCCGUGGCUCGGGGGUUCCUUUGACACCGUCGGUCUGAAAGCGGAGAUCGCCCAGCUCGACGAGCGGCUGAGCGACCCGGCCGUGUGGUCGCCAUCGGGCGAUGGGGAGGCGCUUUCGCGGCGCCGGGCAAGCGUGUUCGGGGGAUUGGAGCGGAGCGCGGCCUUUGCGCGGGCGGUAGACGAGGUCGAGACGCUGGCUGAAUGGAUCCGGGAGGGCGAAGACGUUAUCGACGACUUCCGCGAACAUCUGGACCGUCUGGAAGGCCAGCUCGACGAGUUCGACCUGCAGCGGCUCUUCGCCGGGGAACACGAUUCCGAGAAUGCGAUCGUUACCAUCAAUCCCGGAGCCGGGGGGACCGAUGCCCAGGACUGGGCGGAGAUGCUGCUCGGGAUGUACAUCCGCUGGGCCAAGGGCCGGGGGUUCGACAUCGAGCUUCUUGACCGCCAGCCCGCCGAGGAAGCGGGCAUCAAGGGAGCGACGUUCGAAGUCCGGGGAGACCACGCCUAUGGCCGGCUGCGGGUGGAAUCGGGAGUCCACCGGCUGGUGCGCAUUUCCCCCUUCGACGCCCAGCACCGUCGCCACACGUCCUUCGCCUCGGUGGCCGCCUUCCCCGAUCUCGACAACCGCAUCGAGAUCGAGGUGGAGGAAAACGACCUCCGCAUCGACACCUUCCGGGCGAGCGGCAAGGGCGGCCAGCAUGUCAACGUCACCGACUCGGCGGUCCGCAUCACCCACUUGCCCACGGGGCUCGUGGUCUCCUGCCAGAACGAGCGCUCUCAGCACCGGAACCGGGACAGCGCCAUGAAGGUCCUGCGGGCGCGUCUCUACGACCGGGCGGUUCGGGAACGCAAAGCCCAGGAGGAGGCCCAGAAGGAGAGUCUGGGCGACAACACCUGGGGCAACCAGAUCCGUUCCUACGUCUUCCAGCCCUACCGGAUGGUGAAGGACCACCGCACGAACCACCAGAUGGGGGAUGUGGACCGGGUGAUGAACGGCGACCUCGACGGCUUCAUCAAGGCGGGACUCAACCUGGCCGCGAAGGGCGGCACCGCGGUCUAG